GAGCCGCCGAGGGACUCCAGGUCGAUACGCAGCUCGUCCGCCGGCCGUCCCGUCCGGUGCUCAGAUCGCGGCCAGCAGGACAGGCAGGGGGGGCGACAGGCGCGAGAGGAAGCAGGAUUAGGGGGCCCAGGCCCAGGACCUUGAAGAUCUGAGGAAUCCACCUCCUUGGUCAGGGCUCAUAACCACCAUUGUUGCCCCCCCCCCCCUGCCCCCGCCGCAACCCCACACACAGACCUGUGUGUGCACCCCAGCCCAGCUAUGGCCCUGCUCAGCAUCAAUGAACUGCCUGAGAACAUCCUGCUGGAGGUAUUCAUAUACGUGCCUGCCCGUCAGCUGGUAUUGGACUGCCGCCCUGUCUGUAGCCUCUGGCGCUACCUCAUCGACCUUAUGACCCUCUGGAAACGCAAGAGCCUGCGUGAGGGCCUCAUCAGCAAGGACUACGACGAGCCUGUGUCUGACUGGAAGAUUUUUUACUUUUUGUGCAUCCUCCGCAGGAACCUCCUACGCAACCCAUGUGCUGAAGAGGGUAUGAGAUCCUGGAAAAUCGACCGCAAUGGGGGGAACCACUGGAAGGUGGAGAGCUUACCUGGAGGCCAUGGGCAAGGUUUUCCUGACUCCAAGGUCAAGAAGUACUUCGUCACAUCUUAUGAGUUAUGCCUCAAGUCCCAGAUGGUGGACCUCAAAGCUGAGGGCUACUGGGAGGAACUAAUGGACACAAUCCGGCCUGACAUCGUGGUGAAGGACUGGUUCGCCGCCAGAGCAGACUGUGGCUGCACCUACAGCAUCCGAGUACAGCUGGUCUCAGCCAACUACAUCGUCUUGGCCUCCUUCGAGCCCCCACCUGUGACCAUCGAGCAGUGGAGUGAUGCCCAGUGGAGAGAGGUCUCUCACACCUUCUCAGAUUACCCUCCAGGCGUCCGCCACAUCCUCUUCCAGCAUGGGGGCAAAGACACCCAGUACUGGGCAGGCUGGUAUGGGCCCCGUGUCACCAACAGCAGCAUCACCAUCAGCCCUAAGACAACCAGGAGCCCAGCAGCCUCCACAACUCAGCCCGAGACCAUGCAGGAGCAGGAGCAGGGGCAGGGGCAGGGGCAGGAGCAGGGGCAGGAGCAGAAUCGGGAACGACAGCGACAGGGGCAGGAGCAGAAUCGGGAAUGCGUACUUGAAUAA